AGUUAAUUACUUUGUGUUUGUAUAACAUGGACAGAUGUGUCGUGUCAAACAAUUGAGAUACACAUAUUUUUGUUUCUAAAUUAUCUGAUUACUUACAUACAUAGGACUUUAGUAUCCAAAAACAUGGCUAGUGGACUAUUCUUGGUUUGACGUCAUAGCUACGAAAUCUUACAAUCAGCAUGGAAACAAACAGUAGACAGCUUGAGGAGGCUCUACUUACUGCUGCAAGUUGUGGUGACACGCAAACAAUAAAGAGAUUUUUAGAGGGAGGAGUAAAUGUUAACUAUCAAGACUAUAAUGGCGAAACUGCACUUCACAAUGCUGCACGGAUCAGAAACACAGACAUCAUCAAAUUGCUAAUUGAUGCUGGUAUUGAUAGCAUUGCCCAGAACAAGUAUGGUUACACUGCUCUGCACAUUGCUGUAAUGAACGGAAAUACAGAUAUCGUCAAAUUGCUGAUCGAUGCUGGUCCCAAUAUACAAAAUCAGUAUGGUAACACUGCACUUGUCGUUGCUGUAAUUUACGGAAACACAGAAAGCGCUAAGUUGAUGAUUGAUGGUGGCAUUGAUCUCAAUAUAAAGAAUCAGUUUGAUAGAAGAACUGCACUUCAAAUUGCUGUAGAUCACAGAUACACAGAAAUCGUCAAGUUGCUGAUUGAUGGUGGCAUUGAUCUCAAUAUAACGAGUAGGUAUGAUAACACUGCACUCCACAUUGCUGUAGAACAUGGAUACACAGAAAUUGUCAGAUUGCUGAUUGAUGGUGGCAUUGAUCCCAAUACCAAGAAUGAGGAUGGACAUACUGCGUUGCAUAUAGCUGCCAAACAAGAUGACCAGGCGAUAGCUUCUCUUUUGUUAGACAACGAAUGUGAUCCAAACAUACGAAAUAAGCACGUUGAAAUGUGA